GCGCCCGCCUCCUUUUCCAUCAUAAUAAUCCAUCCAAUUCCGGGCGACGCAUUAUUAUUCGAUGAAACCCAAGGACGGAACUCGUGUUGAUCUCAUCUGGGCCAAGAGUACAUGCCAAGGUCGACACGUCUGAUGUGAUUAGCGGUCAACCACACGGACCAUGCAUAUCCAAUCCCCUUCCCUCGCAGAGGGCCCUCUCUUUCUCAUAACACCCGACCAGUUCUCUCCUUGAUGCCCGGCAUAUGGUAAAUCCUCGCACUGCUCCAUGUAACCCGGGUCUGCGAGGUCUGGAGCUGCCUUCGUUCUAUUCGUUCCUUAACCUCGUGUGGAAUGUUGGCGCCGAGACUGGGAAUACGAGUAUUGCGAGCCUUCAGGCAUCAGCCACCCCUUACACGACUAUUCAAAGACCCCUAGUCUGGCAACUUCACAACCCUAUUCGAACCGCGUUUGACUUCAGUCUCUUGUCUGCUCACCUUUUGCCACAAUGGCUUCGCCUGAGAAAGGUGAACACCUACCAACUUCAGCAAUCGAGCAGGAUGGAAACACCGUGGUCAUGACAGAAGCUGCAAACGGCGAGUUGGCCAAAUCCAACCAUGGCGGGAAAGAGAAGGAAAAGACGAAAAACGAGAAGCCGCAGGCAAACCUAGGAAACUACUUCCGCGUUCUAGCGUACGGCACCAGACUGGAUUUCUGCCUCAUGCUCGUUUCAUGCCUCACAUCCAUCGGAGCGGGUGUAGCCAUGCCACUCAUGAACAUUGUCUUUGGAUCACUGGUUGGUGACUUUACAAACUACUUUUUGCCAAAUACGACCGUCACAAAACAGCAAUUCCAGUCGUCUGUCAAUAAGAAUGCCCUCUACAUUGUCUAUCUGUUCAUCGGAAAAUUCGUCCUCUCGUAUUUAUCGAUGUUCACAAUUCGUAUCAGCGGGCUCAGAAUCUCUGCAGCCUUGCGACUGGCAUACCUUCGCGCGACGUUUGCUCAGCCAGUGAGCCGCAUCGAUACCGUAUCCCCCGGAAAAGUCUCGACGCGAAUCACCACGUCGGCAAACACAAUCCAACUAUCCGUGUCCCAGAGCUUUGCAAUGUUGUUCCAAUCAUUAGCGUUCACCGUCGGACUAUAUGUCGUGUCCUUUGUCAAAAGCUGGUUGCUGACCUUCGUUGCGAGCGCGGCUCUGCCGUUCAUCCUUAUCGUGUACGGGGGUUUGGUACCUCCGUUCAUCAAACUGCACAAGGUCACCGAGGCCUACCACGAGGAUGCGUCGGCUCUCGCCUUUGAGAUCUUCUCUUCUAUCCGCGUUGUCGUAGCAUUUGGGGCCCAAACCAAGCUAGAGUCUCAGCACGCGGCUCUGCUGGACAAGGCGGCGAAGAAUGAGAAGAAGGCGGCGCCUUUAAUGGGCUUGAUGAUGUCGCCCUCAAUGCUGUCCAUGUAUGGCAUGUUCGGUCUGACCUUCUGGUUUGGCAUCCGGCAGUAUUCGCGAGGCCAUAUCGAUGACGUAGGCGAUAUCAUCGUCGUUCUCUUCUCUGUCAUGAUGGCGGUCAUGAACAUUGGCCGGUUAGUUGGCCCAAUUAUAGCCAUCGCGAAAGCGGCCACGGCAGCAACGGAGCUCUUCGCCACCAUCGACGCCGAACGACCUCACAUCGCCGGAUUGAAGGACCCGGACGUCUCCGCAGACGCUGAUAUUCAGUUCGAUGAUGUUUCCUUCUCCUACCCUAGCCGGCCCAAUGUCCAGAUCCUUGACAACUUGAAUGUCAAGUUCGAAGCUGGGAAAACUACCGCUAUAGUUGGCCCUUCCGGUUCUGGAAAAAGCACCGUGGUUGCUCUUCUUCAACGGUGGUACGACUUGCUGGGAACAACCGCAAAUGUCACCACAAAGGACAAGACAGAAGACAGCAAGUAUACCCAGGAAGCCGAGGAACAAGAAAAAGGGCAAGGAAAGGGGGAGUCAACAGUGAGCGCUAACUCCGGCCCUGAAAAAGUGGAAGUAUCGGAGCCUCAUACUUGCACUGGAGCUGUCAAUAUUGGCGGAGUGAACCUGCGCAAUGUGGACCUGAAAUGGUGGAGGGCCCAGAUUGGCCUUGUGCAGCAGGAGCCGUUCUUAUUCAACGACACGUUGUUCAACAAUGUCGCCUUUGGUCUAUGUGGCACGCCGCUGAAUGACGCUUCCGACGCGGAGAAGAUGGCCUUGGUGGAAGAAGCCUGCAGAGAGGCGUACGCAGAGGAGUUCAUAUCGAAGUUGCCCGAAGGCUACCAAACCAUGGUUGGAGAAAGUGGCAUCAAACUCUCUGGCGGGCAGCGUCAACGAAUCGCCAUUGCACGAAGUAUCAUCAAAAAGCCUUCCAUACUGAUUCUUGACGAAGCCACAUCAGCUAUCGACGUACGCACAGAGAGGAUAGUCCAGGAAGCUCUAGAUCGUGUAUCGAAGAACAGAACCACAAUUGUCAUCGCCCAUCGCCUCUCUACCAUUAAGAAAGCCGACAAGAUCGUAGUACUUCGUAAUGGCAGACUGGUGGAGGAAGGAACCCAUGAGGAGCUCGUCGACAUUGAAGACGGUGUCUAUCAUGGCUUGGUAAAAUCGCAAAAACUCGCGCUCGAGGCGGAGGAAGAAGCCGGCGAUGAGCCAGAGAUCCAUAAAACGAAAACCCGCGAGUCAGAACAGUCAACCGAGCACACGGGCGAACAACAUCUUGUUGCCGAGGAUCCCGAGUACAAGAAUAGAGGCCUGCUGAACAGCUUCGGUCGUCUCAUUGUCGAACAACGACGGCACAAGAUUUUAUAUACCCUCGCCAUCCUAGGAAUCUUGGGAGCGGGUGCCGUCUAUCCUCUUCAAGCAUGGAUCUUUUCGAAUGUGAUCCAAGUUUUCACAUACACAGGGGAGAAGUUCGUUAAAGACGGCAAUUUUUGGUCGGGAAUGUUUGGUGUCGAAGCUGCUGGAGUCGGUUUGUCCUACUUCGUCUUGGGGCUCUGCGCGCAUCUUAUCUCGGUUGCCAUAACCCGACAUUAUCGACAAGAAUACCUAUGUCAUAUCAUCCGUAAACGCAUACCCUUCUUCGACGCCGAGGGACACUCUCCGGGUUCUCUCACUUCCAGUAUCAGCUCUGACACUACGCAGUUGCAGCAGCUCAUGAGCACGGAGAUGUCGCUGGCGAUGAUUGCUGUUGUGAACCUGAUUGGGUCAAUCAUCAUCGCGUUUGUGUAUGGGUGGAAAUUGUCUCUUGUGGGUUUGUUUUGCGCUCUGCCACCCAUUCUCCUGGCCGGAUACUUCAGAAUCAGCAUCGAGAUGAAGUUCGAACAGAUGACGGCGACCGUUUUCAAAGAGAGCUCACAGUUCGCUACGGAAGCUGUUGGAGCCUUCCGCACCGUCUUGUCUCUAACGAUGGAGGACAUGAUUGGCGAUCGAUACCAAAGUCUACUUCGAGCCCAGGUUAAGGAAGCUUACGGCAAGGCCAAAUACGGUACCGUGAUCUUCGCAGCUUCGGACAGUGUGGAUCUUGCCUGUAUGGCCCUCUCAUUCUGGUAUGGAGGGACGCUUCUCGCCUCGCGAGAGUAUGAUCUCAUGGACUUCUUCGUUAUCUAUAUGGCUGUGAUUCAGGGAGCUCUUGCUGCUGGCCAGUGGUUCUCUCUCGCCCCAAACAUGAGCCAGGCUACUGCUGCGGCCAACAGAAUCUUGAGCAUGCGGCCCACCAGCAGUUCGAAGGCCACUACCUAUCGCCCAAUCCCGGAGUCUGAGUCGCUAGGAGGCGGUGUAGAAUUCCGGAAUGUCUUCUUCAAAUACCCGACCCGUGAAGCUCCUGUACUUUCCAAUCUGAACUUAAAAAUACUACCGGGGCAAUUCGUUGGCCUGGUUGGGGCUUCUGGUUCCGGGAAAUCGACAACCAUCUCUCUUUUGGAACGUUUUUACGACGCGACGUCUGGUCAAGUUCUGUACAACGGAGAAGACAUUACAACACUCGAUCCAGAGGAGUACAGAAAGCGGCUCAGUCUUGUUAGCCAGGAACCCACGCUUUACGAAGGCACCAUCAGAGACAAUGUCGCGCUCUCCAAGGAUGGUGCUACCGAUGAGGAGAUAGAGCUGGCUUGCAAAGAUGCGCAGAUCCACGAGUUUAUUGUUUCGCUCCCGGACGGAUACAACACGCGACUUGGGCCCAAGGGCAUGUCCCUCAGUGGCGGUCAAAAGCAGCGUCUGUCACUGGCACGGGCUCUGCUUCGCAAACCUGAUCUCCUGCUCCUGGAUGAAGCGACCAGCUCAUUGGACUCUGAAAGCGAAAAAUUGGUUCAAACAGCGAUCGAGCACACUGCUACCCAGAAGGGACGGACCGUCAUCGCUAUCGCUCACCGACUGGCUACUAUUCAGAAAGCCGAUGUUAUCUUUGUCUUGGGCAGCGGGAAGGUGCUUGAGAAGGGUGACCAUCAUGCGCUGCUGCGGAAAAGGGGGAUUUAUUAUCAAAUGUGUCAAGCCCAGGCUCUUGACCGCUAGCCUUGACUACAUGGCGUGUCUCGCAUCUCAUUUCACUUGCUUUUACACUCAAUCUCUCUCCUUCAGUGCUCUUUUCUGUCAUCUGUUGCUCAAGAGGACUCCUCAUACGUCUGCAGUCUAAAACACUUGUAAUAUUCUCUAGACUCCACUCUAUCUUGCACCUGGUCUGAUAGAACAGUGGGGUACACGGUCGGGCAGUGCCAGUCCGAUUCAGAUUCUCAAUAUCAAUAUCAAAAGCCCAGUCAUGUAGAUAGGUAAUUAUGUACAAGUCUUGAUUCUCGUCGUACCCAAAAGGGCUCCAGCUUGGUUACGAGUCCCUUGUGGCUGGUGGUGGCGCAUGCUUUUAGCGUGGGGCCAGUGAAUUGAGGCUGGGUGCUCCGCCCCCCGCCAGGCGGGGUUUGUUGAUCGUUGAGAGGUUUGGCUGUACAUACAACCAACUCAUGAAGUAAGCCAG